AAAGCUACAGCACCCUCGUUUACGUGCCUUGAGGAGUCCGAACCACCCCUCGACUAUCCGAGCAAAAUUAAUCUUACUAUUUCGCUCCCCCUUUUUCUUUACGACUAUUCGUGGUAGGAUUAUCGAAUUUCGUCCACUUGAUUGCCUCACGCCUUAAUUAAAAGAGAACAGAAAGAAAAGGAAUAAUAUUAUGUUUGUUAACUCUAAAUAGCCGACGAUUUUUCUACUAUGUUAAUAAUGUGAUGUAAUUUUCGAGUCUCAAGGGUUAACGUUACUCUACUAAUGGCGCCCUUUCGAUUUCUUCUGAUACAGCUAAUAAAUAAAGCGUGCAAUUCAAGUUUUCCCAAGGAUCGGCACCACGAUCGCGCUCAGAUUAGAUCAGAAUUGCGUCAACAUUCGACUUGCAUAACAAGGUCUGCAAUCUGGUCUGCACCUUUUCAUUUAAAGUCGCGACUUCAGCUCGAAUCGUCACGAGCAAUUAACCUGCGACUUUCAAUUAUUUAUCUAAUAACAAUUCUCGAUAAUAGAACAAAGGACAAAGUAAGCAGAUUGUAAAUUCGAUAGAUGGGAAAACAGUUUGAAAGAAGAUCAAUUUCUAUCUUACCGGCGUGGAAACACCUCAAGCUUGAUUACGUUGGAAACUAUUUCGAAUUUCAUUAUUUGCUUUCGUACUAUAAUAGUACAUACAUAGAACUAAAAUUUCGGUUAAUCAUUGUUAAUCAUUUAUGCAUGAUUAUUGUUUUUUUGUAACGUAUAUACGUAGCAUACGUUUGGAGUUUGACUCCGACUCCAAACGUACUUCAAACGGGUAAACAAAUUUUGAAAAGGCGAAUGUUGUGUAUAUAAGUAAGAGCGAACUAUUUGUCACGGGAAACAUUCGCGUCUGAACCAAAGAAGAGAACGUUGGCGACUGUUGAAAUCUUUCUCCGUGAUUGAAUCUGUACGAACAUUACGGUGAUAUUCAAUUAAUUACAGUGUUAAAUGAAAAUAGUUCACGUGGACAAUAAAAAAGAAAGUGAAAUAAAUACUUCCACGAGAAAGAAUUUCAACCUGCCAUUGAAUUUCGAAAGCAAACACAGCUACAGUUAAAGAAUCCUAACAAAAUGAGUUGCAGGAAAUCAACCACGAAGAAAACGACCAGGAAAUCGUUUUGUUGCGGGGGUGGUAGACGUCGUUCAGAAAGUACGAGCAGUAGCUCGUAUUCCAGUACUUCUGAAUCCUCUUUCACAUCAGACUACUCUGAUAGCUGUGCAUGUUCAGGGUGCGAUUGUUUCGAUAGCACGCCUCAAAGGCGAAAAGGCAAAGGAAAAGCGAAAAAUCGAAAUUCACGGUCGUCGCGAUCAACGAAGAAAGCUUGCGGUUCGAGGCCGUCGAAGAAGAAGACGUCUCGUCGCAAGGGACGUUCGUCGUCACCGUGCACGUGUUCCGAAUGCGAUUGCUCGGAAUCCUCCAGCACUGGCGAAGAAUGUUGCAAUUACGUGACAAGCAAGAAACGUCGUAAAACGAGAGCUUAAAUCCAAUUUCAUCCAUUCUCUCGUUCAUUUGCUCGUAAAUUAUAUAAUAACUUGUUUAUUUAUUACUCCCACUGCUGUGUAACCAUUUAUACGUCGAUAUUCGUUCACUUGUUUUAUCAUGUUUUAUACACUACGACGCGAUAUCAAUGAUUUUAUACCUAUAACACGUAUCCUAAAGCAUCCUUAUGGUUUUAUGAGACCAUUAGUAUGUGUAGAAUGUUAGCUAUAAGCAAGAAUACAAAACAAAACAGCGUGGUUAAAAACAAUAUAAUGUAACGCUAAUAAUAAAGGAAAUCAUU